GCUGACAGCUGUGGGACAGGCACAGAUGACUUCCGAGACAAGCACGUGUCUGCAAAGCUUGCAGAGGGGAUCUUUUUUGUGGAAUUUACUGAGUGUUUCAUGUGUCAAUACGAGAGGAGCGUAAUUACCAGCUGAGAAACUGCAGGAAAUAAGCCAAGACUGAAUGGACGAAAUGGAAAAUAAAGAGAAGUGCAGAGGACACACACAUUUUAAAACAAUUACGGAGGUAUGUAUUCACACGCUUGUGGGAGCCUGGGAAUACAUAAGGGAUCGUGACUGCAAAGGAAUGAAUUCAUGGACUGGUCUAUGGGGAGUAUUUUUUUUCCCUGUGACUUCAAACUUCUCUCAGAGCUCACAGAGUUUUAGUCAGCUGGCAUGCAAGAGAGGUACGACUUCCCUAAGUAAACUCUUCCUCGACUUGCCCUGGAAAAGCUGCUGGGAGAGUCUGUGAGACAGAAGGCUGCAAGCAGAGGUGAAUCCUGCUCCUGCUCCUCCUCCUCCUCCAGCCACAGAGCAGAACCAUGAAACUGAACAUCAUCUUCUUGCUGGCAGUGGUGAACACAGGAACCUUUAACUAUCAUCCCAUAGAGGGGACAUCCUGUGAAAUGGCAAAUUCACAGGCAUUUUGCCACAACAAAGACCUCCACCAAAUCCCUCAUGAGCUCCAUCUGAAUGUAAACAAAAUAGAUCUGUCUGGAAAUCUGAUUGAAAGCAUCCCUGAAAUACCAUUAUCAUUCUACACUUCCCUUCAGUAUCUGGAUUUAAGCUUCAACCAGAUAAGCUUCAUCACGUCUGGAGUGUUUGCACAAAUGAUGAGUUUGCUGGAAAUAAAUUUAGCCAAUAAUCAUUUACAUAAGCUUGCUCAGAAUGGGACAGAGGGGAUUGGACUUUUGCCCAAGGUGGAAAUAAUGGACUUGUCCCACAACAAUCUCUACAGUGGGAUGGCUGAGUAUUUCAUUAAUCAAGCUCCAACACUGCAGUAUCUUUCCUUGGCAGAUAACAGCAUUGUAAUGAUAUCACACAAGAUGUUUCAGGGGUCUCCCAGUCUUGUGGAGAUAGAUCUUCAGAGAAAUAUCAUCAUGGAAAUAGAAGAAGGUGCUUUCGAGACUCUAGUGAACCUUUCCAAACUCAAUCUCUCCACAAAUUCAAUUACUUGCAUCUCUGAUUUCAACCUCAGGCAGUUGGAGGUACUUGACCUUAGCAGGAAUAGCAUUGAGACCUUCAGCAUCACAAAGUCAAAUGAUGAAUAUAGCUUAAGAUGUCUGGAUCUUAGUGAAAACAAAUUGCUUCACUUCCCAGUCUUCCCUCAGGUAAAUAAACUGGUAACUCUGAAUUUAUCAAAUAAUUUAAUCCAGCUCACUGCUGAAUCCCCUUAUAAUAAAAUGGACUACAUGGAUAAUGAAUGGCUAGAUGCUUCUUUUCAUCUUCUUGAUCAGAAGCGAAGUAAAAAUACAAGUUCUCUUUAUUUAUCCCAGCUUGUAUAUUUAGACUUAAGUUAUAAUAAAAUCAAAUCCAUUCCAGAUGGGUUCUUUGAGUCAAUGUUGUCCCUUCACACCCUUAAUCUCAGCAGAAACUGUCUUCAGGCAUUUUCAGUAAGUUAUGAUACUGCAUUACUCUCCCUAAAUGUCCUUGACUUGAGCUACAAUGCUUUGCAGAGCCUUCUCCUCAAUGCUGGUGCUUUGCCAAAUUUGAGGGAGUUUCAUGUUCAAAACAACAACCUUCAGAUCCUGCAAUUCAACAUCUUUUCCAGUCUUCCUAGCCUCAGACUUCUUAACCUACAGAGCAAUAACAUCAGCCUUUGUCACAUGUACUCGGGAUUAGCUAAGCAAAGACUUGCUGGAGAGGACAGUGGUUGUGUGUCAUUUGUCAAUUCUCCUGCUCUCCAGUACUUGUACCUAGCUGACAACAUGCUGAGCAUCCUACCAGCACACAGCUUCCACAAGACUCCACUGGUUGUCUUGGAUCUCUCCAUGAACCCUGGACUGAAAAUAGAACUUAAAGCAUUAGCAGGACUGGAAAAGUCUCUGGAAUACUUGCACUUACAUGGCAAUAGUCUGAUAGAUUUAAAUAUUGACUUGCCUUGUUUUAGUCACCUUAAACAUCUAAACCUCUCUGAAAAUCAGCUGAACUGGCUGCCUAAGUGGAGUAGUGACACUCCACUGGAAGUUCUAGACCUACGGAACAAUAGGUUCAGUACAUUACAGGACAGCAACAUUUUAGCAUUAGAAAAUUCACUUAAAAACUUGUAUCUCUCUGGGAACCCACUCAACUGCUGUGGAAACAUCUGGCUUUCAUCAAUGAUCCAGAACAAAAAUGUCCAGAUCCCCAACGUGAAGCACUUAACGUGCCAGUACAUUCAGAGCUUCGGGUAUUGGGAAGAAAUGCACGUCAAGGACAUUAGACCAGAAGACUGUGAAAAAGAAGAUCUGAAGAAAAUCAACAUCCUCAUUAUAUUAACAUCAGUACUAGUUUUAUCUGUCAUCAUCAUUGGCAUGGGUUCAUUUUUUUGCUUCCGAAGGCAAAACUUUAGCCACCCGUUUAAAGCGUAGGAACACAAAACACCUUGAAAACUGAAGAAAUCAGGUGCUCCCCUGACGCUGUGGAAAUGAAGGAUAAAAUUUUUAUCUUUGAGUUUUAA